CUAAAGACAAAACCACCUAUCAUUGUCUCUGUUUAAAGUCGAUAAAAAAGCAGGCCGCCAAGUGCAAAGCCAAUACUUGCUUGUACCAUAACCAUUCAUGCGACUUUUAAAUUCUCUACCUCUUCUAUACCAGAGAAGAAAAUCUCCAGCAGAAUCUUUCUCCCUUGUUGUUUUUCAACCUCAAAAUGCAUACAGCGUUUGUUUUGUCUCUUUCAACCCCAUUUUUAAAUCAACAGAAACUUCUAUAUGGAAAAUCUAUCCCCAGAUUUAAUCCAACCCUGAAACUCUCUGCUUUCAAACCUAUUCAAGCCAGUUGUUCUCAUGGCUUCUCAUGUCAAAAAACCUCAUUUUUGGGUUCUUCCUGUCAAUUUUUCAAGUCUCAGAUAUCUACUUCAAUUCUACAUUCAAAUAGUGGAUAUCACAGUUUGAAUGUCAGAGCCGCCUCAGUUCCUGAUAGCACAAGUGCUAAUGAAACAAGUGACUUGGUCAGGAUUUCGCAGCUAGGUGCUAUGUUUGGAAUUUGGUAUCUUUUGAACAUCUACUUCAACAUUUUCAACAAACAGGUUCUUAAGGUGUAUCCAUUUCCAGCAACAGUUUCUGCUUUCCAAUCUGGCUGUGGGACUGUGAUGAUUAUUAUAAUGUGGGCAUUAAAUCUCUACCAUAGACCAAAGCUGACUAGUUCGCAGCUUACAGCAAUCCUGCCAUUGGCUGUAAUUCAUACGCUGGGAAACCUUUUGAUGAAUGUUAGUCUUGGAAAAGUUGCUGUUUCAUUCACUCACACGAUCAAAGCUGUGGAGCCCUUCUUCACAGUCUUAUUUGCUGCACUGUUUCUCGGCGAAAGGCCCUAUUUCUGGGCACUUUCCUCCCUUGUACCAAUAGUAUGUGGAGUAGCUUUGGCAUCAUUCACUGAGGCCUCUUUUAAUUGGAUUGGUUUCUGCAGUGCUAUGGCUUCCAAUGUCACUAAUCAAUCUCGAAAUGUACUUAGCAAAAAAUUUAUGGUUGAUAAAGAGGAAAAAUUGGACAACAUCAAUCUCUUCUCAGUAAUAACCAUCAUUUCUUUUAUCCUGUUGGUUCCCACAGCUAUUUUCUUGGAUGGGUACAAGUUUACUCCUUCAUACCUCCAGUCUGCAGCAAACCAAGGGUUGAAUGUUAGAGAGCUAUGUUUAAGAUCUCUUCUCACUGGGUUCUGCUUCCACUCUUAUCAACAAGUCUCUUAUAUGAUACUAGAGAUGGUAAACCCUGUUACUCAUGCUGUGGGAAACUGUGUGAAGCGUGUGGUUGUGAUAGUCUCCUCAGUCAUCUUCUUCCAAACGCCAAUUUCACCCAUUAACUCACUUGGAACUGCAUUGGCUCUUGCUGGAGUGUUCUUGUAUUCAAGGGCAAAGCAGAUAAAACCAAUGCCAAAGGCUUCUUGAAUUCUAUCCCAACAAAAAGGCUCAGUUUGUGUAUUUAAUCAUCUAAAAGAAAUUAAACUCAAUUUGUUAAAAUAGGGUAGAAAUUUAUAACCUCUGCAUUUGUUCUUGGUAUUCUGCAUGAUCUGGCCAUGCAAGUUAAUAUAAAGUCAAAUAAUGGGAAAUUUAGGUA